AUGAAACCCUGAUAACGAGUUGGGCGAGGAGCCGCGAGUUUCGCAGGAGGGGCAGCGCGCGGCGGGCGGCGGCGGCGGCGGCGGCAGCGGCGGGGCAGCGCGCGGCACCGCGCCCAGCGCACCGCACCGCACCGAGCCGCACCGAGCCCGGCCGCUGCCGCAGCGGGCUGCGGGGCAGCGCCGCGGCGCCCGCCUGGCACCUCGGCGGAGGGCUCGCCGUGCAGGGCAAGGUGCGCCGCCGGUGGGAGGGGGCGCGGCGGCCGCUUUGUCGCGCCCGAGGAGCGAGAGGGGAGCGGCGGGCGGAGCGGGAGGAUCGCGCUGCGGGGGCACCGUAGGACCCCACCAUGGUGCAGCAAGCGGAGAGCGCCGAGCCCGAGAGCAACCUGCCCAGGGAGGCGAUGGACACGGAAGAGGGCGAGUUCAUGGCAUGCAGCCCGGUCGCGUUGGACGAGAGCGAUCCGGACUGGUGCAAAACGGCGUCGGGGCACAUUAAGAGACCGAUGAACGCGUUCAUGGUGUGGUCCAAAAUCGAGAGGAGAAAAAUCAUGGAGCAGUCCCCGGACAUGCACAACGCGGAGAUCUCCAAGCGCCUGGGCAAGCGGUGGAAAAUGCUGAAGGACAGCGAGAAGAUCCCUUUCAUCCGAGAGGCGGAGAGGCUGCGGCUCAAGCACAUGGCCGAUUACCCCGACUACAAAUACCGGCCCAGGAAAAAGCCCAAAAUGGACCCGUCGGCCAAGCCCAACACCAGCCAAAGUCCGGAGAAAAACGCACCCACCACCAGCAGCAGCAAAAGCGCCAAGAGCUCCAGCAAGAAAUGUAGCAAGCUGAAAGCCGCCGCCGCCGCCUCGCCCCCCAAGCCGGGGGCCAAAGCCGCGCACCACGGGGACUACGCGGGCGACGAGUACGUCUUCGGCACCCUCAAGGUGAGCAGCAAGACGGUCAAGUGCGUCUUCAUGGACGAGGAGGAGGAGGAGGAGGAGGACGAGGACGAGCUACAGCUGCGGAUCAAGCAGGAGGCGGAGGAGGAGGAGGAGGACGAGGAGCCGGCGCAGCAGCAGCUGCGGCGGUACAACGUGGCCAAGGUGCCGGCCAGCCCCACCUUGAGCUCCUCGGCCGAGUCCACCGAGGGCGCGAGCCUCUACGAGGAGGUGCGGGGCGGCGCGGCGGCGGGCGCCGGCGGCGGCAGCAGACUCUACUACAGCUUCAAGAACAUCACCAAGCAGGGCCCGGCGCCGCCGCCGCCGCCCGGGCUCUCGCCCGCCUCCUCCCGCUCCAUCUCCACCUCGUCGGCCGGCAGCGAGGAGGCGGACGACCUGCUCUUCGACCUCAGCCUCAACUUCUCGCAGCACGGCCACGCCGCCGCCGAGCUGGGCGUGGGCGCCGCCGCCGGCAACCUCUCGCUCUCGCUGGUGGACAAGGACCUGGACUCCUUCAGCGAGGGCAGCCUCGGCUCCCACUUCGAGUUCCCCGACUACUGCACCCCGGAGCUGAGCGAGAUGAUCGCCGGCGACUGGCUGGAGGCGAACUUUUCCGACCUGGUGUUCACGUACUGAGCGGCGCCGCGGGCGCGUCCCCGUCGGGCGGCCGCGGCGGUGCUGCCGGCGCCGGGAGCGGCGCGGCCGGAGCGACGCGGCGGCGACGACGACGACGAUGACGAUGAUUUAAAAAAAAAAAGUCUUGUUUUCUUUUAAAACAACAAAAAAAAGUCUCGAAGUUAGUUCCAAACCGAGCCCGGGAGUUGUGAUUUUUUUUUUAAUUUUUUUGUGUUUUUAAUUUUUAUUGCAUUUGGUGAUCACAACAACAACAACAAAGGCAAAUGGGACUGGGGGAAAAAUGAUACAGAAGGCGCUGUUUGAAGCUUGUCGGUCUCCAAUUGAAGUCUGGAAGAUGGUCUGCGAAGAAGUCUUUUGGCAGCACAACUGUUACUCAAGGGGGUUUGUGGAUUUUUUUUUUUUUCCCGUGAGAGAUCUUAAAGAACUGUUCUGAUUUUUUUUUUUUUUUUUUUUCCGAAAGGGACCAUGGCAACUUUUUUUGGAGGGAGAAAACUGAUGUCUUCUAUGCAUCCGAUUCUUAACAAAGCUGCAGGGAGCUUGAAAAAAUGCAGACUGUACAAACGCUUACAAAUAACUGAACUGACUUAAGAUCAGAGUUUACUUUUCAGAUCAAAUUGUUUAUGGUUUUACAAAUGUGAUUUCUACUUGCCAACUUUUUUUUUUGUAACUUGUUCCCUUAUACCUCCUUGAUUGAAUACCAGACAGCCUAGACCUCAGUACAAAAAGGUAUUGAAACAUUUUUGAUACAUAACAGACCUCAGUCUUUUUUAAAAAUUAAUAUAUUUUCAGGCGUAUUUUUGUACAGUGAAAAGGGAACAUUCUUGCUGUGUUUUUUCAGUAAGACUUUUCAGGCACUUCUUCCCUUUUAUUUUCUUUUUUUUCCUCUGUUUUUAGCAUGCAAGUUUGUUGGUACGUUACGUCCUGGUUUUAAAAGGAUUAAAAUUUUAAAAAAUAAUCCUUGCAUCUAAAGGCCUUGUGGUUUUAAAAAAUAAAAAAGAAACAAACACUUUUUUUGUACAGCUAUAGUUCAGAUUUGUUCAAUAUUUGUAGGUAAAGAUUUAUUGAAAAUGGUGAUAUAGACCUCAGAGCUGUUAUCUUAGUUUAAAAGAUUGUAUAUGUACUGUACUAUAGUAGGACUUUAUGUAUCUCAUACGCUGUGAUAUGUGGAUGGGGCCCCAGAUGGAAGGUAUGAAACUGGAUUCUCGAUUUUAGCAAAAAAGAAAAAAAGGCACAUAGUUAAAGUUUCUCAUGUUGUGCAAUAUAAUCUAAAGUACAGACCAUCUGCAUAUUUUGUAGCAAAUGAUGGCAAAAGCAGACUUGUGCACUGUCAACAUCAUAGCCUGUUUUUUUUUAAUGCUGAAAGUCUGUAUCUUGACAAUUUUAAUAAAUCAGCUGGAACUGAUAGAAACUCGUAUCGCUAUUAGUGUCUGUAGAAGUAACGCUGGAGAUGCCAUGUUGUCACCCCCACCCGCGGAGGAGCGUUAGCGGUAGGCUAUAGUGCGUGUACAGAGCUAGGGGGGAGCGAAGCUGAGGAGCGUUUUUUUGCUUUUUCUUUUUUUCCUCUUUUUCUUGCCCCCCGCGGCGGUCACGCCUCCGCCGUCCGCGGAGCGCCGGCGCUGUGCGGCUCCGCGGGGAGCGGCGCGGCGGCCGCGCUCGGUGCGGGCAGCGCCGCGGGGCCGGGCCGGGGGCCCCCGGCGGCGGGGGGACUCGCCCCGCUUAUUUUCCGCGCGCCCUGCCGCCGCCGCGGCGCCCCCCUCGGCCGCGCCCGGCAGGAGCGAGCGCGGAGCGGCGCGGCUCGGCUCCGCGGGCCGCCCCCGGCGGCGGCCGCCGCCGCCGCGGCCGCUUUCCAGGGAGGCGGGUCCGGGGAGGCGAGAGGCGGGGGCGCCGGGGCAAGGGCGGGCGGGGGCGCCGGCCUGCGCGGAGCGCGGAGCGGCCGGCGCGAGGCUGCUCCGCCGCCGCGGAGGGGGAGCCCCGGCCCGCUCCCUGCCGCUCCCGUUUCCUCGCUCCCGGCGCGUCUCGAUGCGCGGCGCCCCGCAUCUCCGCCGCGGCGCCCUGCCGAGCGGCGCUGCCGCCCGCGGCGGCGCGGGGAGCGCGGGGGCGUGCGAGCGACUGCUGUAGGCGAACAGACUUUGUAAGUGUGCGUUUUUUUUUGUUUUUUGGUCUUUUUUUUUUCCUUCGGAGCCAUCAGAUUUCAGUUUUACGCUCUGAAAUAACUGCUGAUGGCAAUAAACAGACUCGCAAGGUGGAAGUUUGUUUCUCAAGAAGUUUACUUUUUAUCUGGUACACUAAGAUAGGCAUUGGUAAAUUCUUUAUUUCGUAUCCACUAAUGAAUGAUCCAGCUGUUUACAGGGACAAUUCACUGUGCUGGUAUUUUGGUGGCAACCACUGCUACAGGCUUUCGGACUUGCUGAAAUGGAAAUCCUGCAUACACAUUUGUAAGGCAUAAUAAAACAUAACAUUAAAACCUGCAUGCAUGUUAUGUUUAAUCAAAGACAACUCUUAGGCAUUUAAGUGGUGAGAUAUCUUACUUUAGGUUAGUUAAAUAAACUGGUAGUAAAAUGAUUAAUAUAAUCUGAUCUCUUUCUAAUAAUAAUAAUAAUAAUAAAAACACUCAUGAUUCUAAAUAAAAGUUGUUUGGCCUAAAUUUUUGCUAUCAGAAAAGAGAUAUAGCAUAUCUGGGAACUUAAAUUUAUGUCUUGCAUUGUGAUAAUUCUUUAUGAGAAACUGUGUUUUAAAACAAAUACAAGAUAUCCUUGGCAAUGGAUAGUCCUCAAUAAAACAGAGUUUCUUGAAUUUUCAGUUUUUGGUCUCAAAUGAUUAGUGUGUUCUCCAUAUAAUAACUUAGAAAUCAGAUUGAAAACAAAUGACAUUUAUCUCUUCUUAGGCAAAAAAGUGAAAGAAAAUAGAUACACUGAAGUGCUCUAGCCUAGCCAUUCACUAUCCUGCUAUUGAAAAUCAGUUCCUAGGCUGGGGUGAUGGAGUAAGUUGAUCAGGUUCUAGUCUUCAAACUGAGCCAAAAUUCUCUUAGUAAUUCUUCAAGCUAUCAUGAGAGUAUGGGGAUGUUUUCUUCCAGUCCCUUUCUUCUGAUAUGCAUCCUUGUUUAUUAACGUGAUAAUAGGCAGUGUCAUUAAACAUUUGUGCUUUACAGAUGUUCAAUGAGUUAUGAAUGAUUAUGGUCAAAUAUAGGCUGGAUUUAGUUUGCAUUGUAAUAAGGUCUGUGUUUCAGCCUAUGAAAGUUUCAACUCGUGUAUUUUUGGAAGGUGUUUUUAAAAUUACCAUUUAAAAUAUUAGUGAAAGAUAACUAAAAGAUCCAAGUGUAGAGCAGUCAGGCAUAUUUUAAAAGAGCAACAGGUCUACUUUAGUCAAAGAAUAUCCACUCAGAAGUAUAUCUUUUCUUUCUUCUGGAUGGGAAUUAUACAGUACUAUAUCAAAUGAAUAUUUUGAGUGAAGGUAUAUGGUGCAGGGAGAUAUUUUUGUCCAGACAGUUUGAGUUUCAUUUAUUUCUGAGUUUGAAGUUGCAUGUUGCUCGUGGCAAAUUCGGUAGUGUUCUGGUUAAGCCACUACACUGUUAGGGCUGAAGUUCGUUCCUGUUGAAUCCCUAAGCUCCUGCUGAUAUCAAUGAGAGUAAACACAAUUUUCUGAUCAUUAAUAUAGCAUCUGCGAAGUUACUCUCAUUGUUUGCGUUUGUCAUAUUUAAUAAUAUUCUUAUCUUCAACUUCUCUUUCUUGCGCUUUUUUUUUUUUUUUUUAAGUAGAAUAAGAAUUCUUGUUGACCUGCUAGAGCAGUCCUGUUUCAGGCUUAGUAUCUCCUGUUGCCUUCUUUUACAAUCUUUGUAUUUGUCUCUGUGCAAUACUACUCUAAGUGUAAUCAGAUUUAUUGACAGAAAGAAGAAAAUUGAGCUUUUUUAUCUGGAAAGACAAUUCACUUUGUAAUGCUCGAUGUCAGCUCAACGUAAAACCUAAUCGAACAUGUUGAUUCUUUCUUUAAUUUUAAAAUGAACAUUUUCAUAAAGUUAGCAUUCUUUCCAUUUUGUUGUUUUUAUUGUGUUCUCCCCCCUUUCCUUUAAAAGAGCUACGACUAAGAAAUAUGUUAUUCCUUUAUGGCAGUCUUUCACCAAUGUGAUAGAAAGACCCAUUCCAAGCAUCCUUUAAGUGCUUCAUACUCUUUAGGCUUUCACUGUCAUCCCGCUUAAACUUCUCCAGGUCUAUUGAAUGUGGUUUGCAUGUGUGCAGUCUGAUGCUUCCCUCAGGCCUGUUUGAGGGAAGUGCAACUUUGUUGUUACACCAAGGUAAAACUGGUGUGGGGUCAAAUCAGGGCCAUGUAAUUUUUAGGUGUUUGAUAUUCAACAUGAUUCAUAAGUUCCUUCUCUCUCUCUCUCUCUCUCUCUCUUUGUACAUCUUCGUAGUUCUGCCUGGUAAGGCCUUAAACCUGCACUGGUUAAAGAAAAAAAAAAUCUCAUUGAGUUUCAUGGGUGCUUUUGCCUCAAGGGCUGCUGGCAGGAUAGGUGUCUUAGUUCCUCAUAACCUUUGUUUGUAACAAUGGCCAGGAAGAAAAUAAAACAACAAAAACUUAAUUCCAUGAGUUGCCUUACAUUCCCCCUACUUUACAAGUCUAUUCCUUUGGUUUGUUUCCUCUUCCCUCACCCACAUUGAAGGCUGUGAUUGUUUUUGUUUUUCUUAAUUUUUUUGCACACUACCUAUACCAAUUAACUGCCUAAUUAGUUUUAUCUGCGCUACAUGGAUGCAGUGAAUUUGUAAGAGAAUUUCACAAGCAAGUAGUUUUUUAGUGAGUUUAAAGUAAAUAGAGUUUUAAAGACCUAUUUUUAUAUUCAAUAUAAAGCACAAAUGUGCAGAAAGUGUAGAAAGACUUACAAAAAGGGAAACAAAAGUUCGUAAUAUUUCAUGUAUAAAAGUAAUACCUUCUUUGGGUUGAGAUUCUCUUAGAAAACCCAAUACUUAUGCCAGUGCAAAGAUAGGAAUAUUUUAAAAAGUCUUAGAAAAUUGUGAUUGACAGCAAUUUCAAAGGAAUGACUUCUGCAGAUACAAGGAAACCCCUAAAGCAAUAUGGAUAAGAAGGGGUGAAUGGUUUUCAAUGAUGAACAACCUGGAAGUGUGAGAAUGGAGGUUUCAAUCCUUAUUAAUUAAUCAAGCUUCUUCUUUUGUGGUUAGUUACAACAUCUAGAUUUUCUGUGAAGCGAAAUCUUGAAGGAUGAAAAACCGUAAGGGAGACAGACUGAUUCUAAAACUUGCAUAUAUUCGGAAAAACAGUUUGAUUUAGCAAUGUAAUUUACUAAUUAUGGUGUUAAAUUUUGUGAACUCCGACUUCUAAGAAAAUCAAGAGAGUGAUUUACUGCUUGAAGAAAUUUGAUCAAAUAAUAAUGAUUAAUCCAGGAACUCCCAUUGUCACAAUUUGUUUUUGUUUCCAUCAUCCUGCUUAUCUCCAAAACCAACUUGCCUCAACUCCUGGCUAAACCAGGGAGAAGAGUUAUAUGCCAUUGUUAGUUCCUUUACAAUUUGUAUCUGUUUUUUGCUCUUGUAUAUAUGUUGGCGUUUUGGAGUCUUUACAUAAAUACUGUGAUACUUUUUUUCUUCUUUUUUAUUUUUUUUGGUGGGCUGUUUUAAAAUGGAGGCCUGUUUUCCAGUGUGGGACUUUUGACGGUUACAACAUUUCAGUGAUGUUGCAUGAUGGCCACAGGUGGGGGAAAUUGAAUGUUUUAGAGCAGUUUUUCAAGCAUGACACUUUUAAAAUAUGUAAUUUCAAAGACUUUUGAAGGCCACAUGAAAUUAGUUUUCAUAGCCACUCCAGGUCUUGGGGGGAAAAGCUGAAAAGUACUUUUGUUUAGAAGUCUGAGUGAUGGUGGGGGGGAAACCUUUUCUUGAGGUUUUUGCAUGCCAGUGUACGGCCUAUUGCUGUGAGAGGGAAGAUAGUAAGGCUGCUUGAGGCAAUGCACUGGAGGACAAAGUGUUUUCUAGCACUAGAAAAAGAAAAUGCAUGGCAAAGUUUUGUCUUCUAGUAGACUAUAUAGCAUGCAGAGUUUAGUAUGUGUCAAAACAGUGUAUGACAUUGCUGUAUCAAAGUUGUAAAAUUAAGCAUUAUUUAUUGAAAACUAUGUAUUUUUUUUGUAAAAACCUGAUCACCUAGAGGAUUAAUAUCAGUGACUUGUGCUAGUGCUACAAACUUAACCAGCUUCUUUACUACAGUACUUGAUAUGCAGUGUUAAUGCUCAGGGUUGAAACCAGUCCACUCCAAUGUCUUUUUUUGCAAGAGUUUUUAAAUAAAGGAACAACAUAAUGCAAUUGUUCAAAAGACUCUAAUAAAAUUGUGUGAUCAAUCUUC